GGGUGCCUAUGACCGCUGUAAUUGGAUGGUUUUGGGUCGGGACCCUGGUCUCGCCUGUGUCAACCUAUCCGACCCCUCGAAACCACUUCAUUUGCUCAUCAAUCCACUUCUCCGACCGUUCCUGUUACAUCGUCAGUCGAUCCGACAACCUCAAGGCCCGCCCCAAACACCCUCUCAGACACCCUCGAUUACCUGAUUACCCAUGCGGAGCGGUGUGUCCCUCACACAAACCCAUCCGUCCACUACAUCACAUACAUCACAUCAUGUGAGACCCCAUGAGGGGGCCGUGGUCUCUUCUGCCGUGAUGUGAUGUGAUGCCCUGCUGCCAAUGUCUUGCCAAGCGCGCUUCCCAGUAUCGAGACUCGUGUAUCAACCUCACUUGCUACCGUCGCAGAUUAUCGUGACUGGCCCAACUUUGGUGCCUUGGACACCAUGCUACCACGGAAAACGGGGUCGCUGCCACCCCCGGCCCUCGCCAGGGUACAAUCGACUGACGGACAAUGAUAAGACAAGACAAGUACAGUAGAAGCAAUUACCUACCCUCCCCUACCCCCCCUUUGCAGGCCUGCGCCUUGACAAUUCGCUGCAAAACUGUCUGCUACUUAGGUGAGAUCCGUCAUGAUCAUGGUACCAGGGCAUGUGACACGAUGCCUCCUCCUCAGUACCUAGUAUAGCGUACGAUGACAAGAGAGGGGGUUUGAAAGGGGGAAUGGUCUGGACGGCGUGUCAUGUUUCUAGUGUCACUCAAGAUGGGCUUCGACCUACCUGGCGAGCUUGGGUGGUUCACAAGUUUCGUUUCUCACGUCUCCAUCGAAUGAUAGCUCGAAUCUAAUAAACUAACCUUGUUUCCCACUCUUUCUCCUUAGCUCUCUUUCGCUAUGACCUUCUCUUCUUCACAUUGAUCUUCACCCUCU